GGCCUUUGUCUUGAUUGCUGAGUGUUAUGUGCCUUGUGUCCAAGGCUUGAUGCAAAACUACUAUCGAGCCGGGGGUCUCCCUAGAAGCAACCUCUCUAUUCCUAACGGGUAGAGGUAAGGAUGUCUACAUCUUACCCUCCUCAGACCCUACCUUAGCUUUGCUAUUGGUAGGAUUUACCGAGUAUGAUGAUGAUGAUAACGAUGAUGGAGUUACGUAUAUGUAGAACCGUUAAACUGCCAAUUCAGCUGGGCUGGGAAUUUUUGGUUUGGUGUUCCCUGAAAUCACAGUUAGCAGUUUGACCCAAACCCGAACCAUGAACACCACAUAAUUAGAUUUUGUGAAAUAGAAGAUGACCAAGGUUGGGUCAAACCCGAACUGAAAAUUGAAUGCAGAUUUCAAAGUUCAGCUCUAGUUUGAUUCAGUUAUUUGGUUACAAAUGAAAUACUGAUAACCAUAAGUUUUGUUUCUUCCAAACUGUUAAUUGAACACACAACAUACCAUAAAUUUCAUUUAUUUUUAUUUAUCUACAUUACUAUAAAAUACGUUCUGUAAAGAGCAAUCAUAGCUAUUAAGAUACGUAUGGUUUUUUCUAAGGGUGUGGUAGGUAUGCAAAGUGGACCAAGAUCUGAUUUGUGAUAUAAUAUUCUUUCUGUCACCUAUAAUUGCAGCAUAAAACAAAGGAAAAUAAUAACAAAUAGUUAACGGUAUUAUGCAAAUGGAUUUAACAAUUGUAGAAUUGGCUAGUGGGAAAAAGAUUCUCUCCUUUUAUAAUAUAAUUGUGGGUUGGCAUGUCUUUAUAGAAAAGCUAUCAAUUAUAUGGACUGCAGUUGUUAAUUGCCUUCACUUUUUCUUCACUUUCUUGCUUUGGUUUUCAAGCUUUUACACUUCUUGGAUCACCAUCGAUCUUUCUCUUAAUAUUCUGAAGUAUUAAUCAUGGGAGAUGCAGCUGUUUCGGCUCUUGUCAAGGAUGUGAUAGGGAGACUGACUUCUGAACUCAUCAAAGAGUUUGCUCUAAUUCGGGGGUUCAAGGGCGAUAUUUUGCGCCUGAAGAAAGAUUUUGAGGAGAUCCAGGCUGUUCUUGAAGAUGCAGAAGAGAAACAAGUCAAGGAAAAGGCUGUAGAGUUAUGGCUUCGACGUCUCAGAUCUGCAUCGUUCAAGGUAGAAAAUGUGCUGGAUGAUAUCUCAACUGAAACUUUGCUACGAAGUCUACACAAAGAGAUAGACAUCGAAAGAGGCAUCAAAUACAAGGUAAGAGCCUCAUUCUCGAAAUUUAAGUUUCGUGUUAGGGCUGCUCACAAAGUUAAAGCCAUAAGAACAAUACUGGAUGACAUAGCAUCCAGGAGAUUUGAGUUAAACUUGACCUCUAGUGACACAAGUCAUGUAGAUGUGGGAGUUGAAGGUGAGAUGCCGAAUAGGGAAACGAGCUCGCUUAUACUUGAUUCUUCAAAGAUUUUAGGAAGAGAUGAAGAGGUGGAGAUGGUUACAAGAACGAUAUGCAACAAAGAUAUAGGAAAAUAUGUCAAUGGUGAGAUUCGGGUGUAUGGUAUAUGGGGUAUGGGAGGUCUAGGAAAGACUACUCUAGCUCAGUUAGUCUAUAACCAUGAGAGGGUUGAUCAAUAUUUCGACUUAAAAUGUUGGGCGUAUGUCUCUGAAAACUUCCAAGUUAAAGAGAUAAUAAAAGGAAUCAUCACAUCCAUAGAUAAAUGUGAGUGUACACUUACACAUCUAGAUGUGUUGCAAGAGUCCCUUCAAAGCAAAUUAAUGGAAAAGAAAUUUUUAAUUGUACUAGAUGAUGUUUGGGCUGAAGAGAACGAAAAGGAAAAGUGGGAAAGAUUAAGUGGAACAUUAAGUUGUGGGGUAGAAGGAAGUAUUGUUGUGAUGACAACACGGUCAGAGAAAACUUGUCGAAUGAUGGCUAAGGUUGGCGAGUUACAACAUGAACUGGGAUGUUUAUCAGAAGAGAAGUCAUGGUUAUUAUUCAAGAAGCAUGCAUUUGCACAAGGAAGAGAGGGGGAUGACGAACGUAAGCUAGAGCCUAUUGGAAGGGAAAUAGUUGUGAAAUGUAAGGGGCUGCCUUUGGCGGUGAAGACUUUGGGCAGCUUAAUGUGGUCAAAAAGUAGUAGCAAUGACUGGCAACGUGUGAAAGACAGUAACAUAUGGAACUUACAAGAAAAUAAUGUCUUGCCUGCUUUAAAGUUAAGUUAUGAUAACUUGGUUCCACAUUUAAAGAGAUGUUUUUCUUAUUUUUGUUUGUUUCCUAAAGGCUAUAAAAUAAGAAAAUAUGAACUGAUCUUGUUGUGGGUAGCAAACGGUUUCAUUCCGACCAAAGAAGAAACAGACAACUUGUAUGUGAUAGGGGAAGAAAUUUUUAAUUGUUUGAUUUGGAAAUCCCUCUUCCAGGUUGAGAACAGAUAUGUGGAUGGUAUUGAUAGAUGUAAAAUGCAUGAUCUAGUGCAUGACAUGGCACGGCAUGUAAUGAAACAUGAUUGUUUAGUUAUAGAGCCUGCUUGUAACGAGGUUAAAAUCCCAGAUGAGGUGCUUCAUUUGAGCUCGUCAUGUCCGGAUGAAAAGUUAAUUUUAUCAUCUGAGGAUUUAGGAAAGUUAACAUCAUUAAGGUCAAUAUUCAUGUUCGGGGAGGGGGAUGAAGGCUGCAUUACUCAACUUUUCAACCACGUGUAUGUAAGGGUAUUACACCUGGCUCUUACUAAGUUAAGGACGUUACCUGAGUCAAUUUGUAAACUCAAACAUCUGAGAUACUUGAAUUUAUCAAAGUCAAGUAUAGAAGCUUUACCUGAGUCGAUUAUGUAUCUCCAAAAGUUGCAAGUGUUGAUUUUAUGUUAUUGUAGCGAAUUGCGUAAGUUGCCUGAAUCGAUCUGCAAGCUCAGAUAUCUGAAAUACUUGACCUUACUAGGCUCAGGAAUAGAAGUUUUACCUGACGGCCUAAAAGACAUGAUUAGCCUUCAACGUUUGGACAUCAAUCAUUGUUAUUCACUCCGACAUUUGCCGUGUGGAAUUGAGAAACUAACUAGUCUUCUGUAGGUCCCUUUUCUCGGAGGAUC